AUGACUAUACCCCUUCCCUCUGCUCAGUCGCUUGCGCACCGCGCCCAGCUUGCAGUCAGAAUCUCCCAACUCCGUCCGACACCCUUCAAGCAUCCUCUCACGCGCUACGACUCGCACAGAAUACCGACGCUAUGGACUCUGUAUAGAGGCAUACUACGAGACUCUCCCACUGAAACCAUCAGGUCGCGCAUGCGCGCGUUCUUUCGCGUCAGGAAGAACGUCAAAGCGCAAGGGGAGGUUCUUCGCAGCCUUCGGACAGCCCACAAGUGGUGGGAUAUCUUCAAGCAGGCAAACGCUGGGGAUGCCCAUUACCAGAAGGUCUGCGACCGGUACAGCCGCAUGCUGGGGGGCGCACAUAUGCAGCGCUGGGUGGACAUGGUAUAUGACACGGAAAUGGCCCAUCUCAGAGAGAAGGCAAAACCUCAGCCUAUCAUUACGGGAGGGUUCAUGCUACCAACCCUGGCACACCGCGCUCUCCCCCGUCUGUCUCCCCAACCCAUACACAUCACCGGUAUGAUAGUUUCACGUCUGAAGGCCCGCCCCCGCCGCAUGGCCGAGUCGGAGGCGUACGGGGAGACGAUGCGGCUCCUAAAGACCGAAGCCGAGUUUGAGAAGAUGCUAGCCCAGGAGGUCCGCGGCGACAACGCGUCCUUCGAGCCCUGCUUCGACGGAAACGCGUCCGACUGGUGCGCCCCCCUCGUCGCCGCCCGGGUAGCGCUUUCUGCGGCCCUCGAGCGCGACCACGCACGCACGAACAGCGGCGUCCCCGCCGCGCUCGUCGCGCUCGUGCGCGGCGCGCGGCGCGAACGCGUGCGGAACCAGACCGCGCAGCGCGCGCGCGAGCGGCGCGGGGAGAUGACGGCGCGGCUCGCGCGGCAGAUGCGUCAGGGCCCGCCCGCGACGGUCCUGCGCGGGAUGUCGGAGGCGGACCGGCGGCGGGAACGGAUUGCGCGCGGGGCGGGCGAGGCGGGCUACACUGCGCAGGUCAAGCUGGCGCUCGGGCACAAGCUGCGGGACGACGAGACGUGGCGGCUGGAGUUUGGGCAGCCGGAGAAUUUGGAGAGGUUGGAGGAGGUGGGGAGGGCGGUCUAUGAAGAGAACGAGAGGAGGAGUAGGGAGGAGGGCGGGGUUGACGGUGUCAGCCUUGCGUGA